GGUGUAACUGGGUCAUGGUUUUGUUGUAAUAAUCACGAGGAGAGGAAUGGCACAUGUGAAGAGUGUGAAAUUGGGUAUGUUUCAAAAGACGGAUUUCCAUGCAAACCAUGUUCACAUGGAAGAAGAUGGGGAAGAAAAUGCAGAGGUGUAUGUAAAUGUCAACACAACGAGAGAUGUGAUAUAGUGUAUGGCUGUCUUGAUGUUACGACUUUUAUGUCAGAAACGUGGAAAAGUACACAACCAAAGGAAUCAACAUAUGCUACAACAACAGCGAGUAGUAUUCCAACAGCUGAUAGUGAUGGUGGGUUUCUAUUAGAGAGAGAAAUAAUCAUUUAUUCAAUAAGUGCGGGAAGCAUUGCAGUGAUGGUGGCUCUAGGGUCAUGCUGUUUCAAAUACAAAAGGAAAGCUGAACAUUUAUACAAAUCGAGACCAAGAACAAACCAUGAUCAAACAUCACCCGAACGGUCCGAUGUUCAAUAUCGCCGGAACAAUGAAAGUGUCUAUGAUUUAAUUGAUGAAGAUAAUAUGAUUGGCGAUGAGACGUUAAUACACAGCGCUACAAGAAGUGGACGUGUCAUUCAAACAAGGACUACGCAUUCUGUUGUUGAUCAAGAUGGAAGCAGUAGUUCGCAUUCCGAGGGUGAUGUUAUCGAUCCUUUCAGUGAAGGAUAUCUUAAUCCAUAUCAGCCUAUGAUAGAAGUUGAUCUCCAUGGUUAUCGCACAUUAUCGGAUGAUACAACACACAAGUCUGAGAAACUAUCUUCAGGCAAUUCAGAGUCCAGCAUAUGUUCUGCUGAUAAGGCCAACGUUCUUGUUCAUCCGUAUCAACCAAUAAUACCUUUUGUUGAUAUUCAUAAUAAUAGUCCGAUAGAUGAAGCUGUACAUAAACUCACAAGCCACGGACAAAGCAUGUCUGACUUCAAUACAGGAAACAAUGAUCAUGAUGCAGAACAAAUCUCCGAGUCACUGAAAAUUUCCAUAUCCCUAAUAGAAUCAGAAGAUGCUAAGAACCAAACAGAAAAAAGUUUAGUUGUGGAAAGCAAAUCAAAGGAUGAUCCUAAGAAUAUCAGCGGCAUUGCUUACAAAAACAAUCACAUGGCUAACGUUGAUGCUUAGUUAUUAUUUUGAGAUUUUCAUUUUGAUUUUCAUCGUCCUUUUUUAUUAAUAUUUUAUGUGCAUACGUUUAAGGAUUAUUUUAGGGGGUAGACCUGGGGUAUGGGAUACAACUCCUACAAAUGUAUUGGAUGCGUUUCCACCUACUAGUUACUUAAACAGUGAUAACACAUUUAUGUUGUUUAAAUUUGGUUAUGAGAAUGAUGUAGCUGCAUCUGGGAAAUUAGACAAUCAGAAAUUACAUUUUUUUAAAGAUUCAAAAUUCAAAAGCUGAAAAGGUAGAAAAUUAACAUAAUUAUCAUCAUCAUACAUAAAAUGCUUAAAAAUAUGUACUGAGGAAUUUUGGGAAGGAAUCUUGAUAUCUUUUAAAUAAAAUCUUUGAAGGCUUUGAAAAAAUUUAUGAAGUUAUGUUUGAGUGGUGAGCAGUAGGCUAAAUGUUUUUGGUUUUCAAAUACAAACGGCAAUAUUCUAGAAGAUAUGAUGUGAAUCAUCCUAGUACAAGCUAAUGAUUAUAGAUACACUUCAUUAGCAAAAAGAUAGUACGUUAGUAGUGACAGACUGUCAGAACAUUGAAUUUAGCGUCUACUGACUCUACGCCAGUGGUAUUUGUAGUCUUGGGAAGGGAAACUAAAGUUACGUAUUAUAAUGUUGAUAUGUCAAUUCGUCCAAAGGGUAAUCGAACUGAAUUUUACUGUUUUUCCUUACUAGCUUGACAACGGUUAUUAUUGGGGCCACACGAUUUUCACACAAUAAACGCAAAGGAAGACUGUAGAAAGUUUUGUAGAAAAAAAGGAAUUUUGUCCCAAAUUUUUUUUUAUGUCUGUACGCCAAAUUAAAUGGAGAUUUUGUAAAUUCUUAACGAUCAAAUGCAAUAAAGGUUUUUGAUUUUCAA